UUACAUGUACGUGAAUUUUCUUUCAAUUUACCUAUGGGUUUUUCUGGGUGCUGAUAGAACAGAACCGUUUCAUCAUCGACUGCUCCGAAUGGCUGAGGAAAAUUAGAAUCUAACCAUGGAUGCCUGAUGAAUAGGUACGUUAGAUGUGUUUGUUCUGUGUUUUGGUCAUUGAUACGAAAGCCUUACCUUGAUCGCAUUGUUAUUUCUAGUAAUAUCCUUUGAAGGAUGAAACCCAAAAGAAAACAGAAGCUUUCUGUAUCUCUCACUACACUCGAUGAGGAUGCACAAAUUUUCUCGACAAUGUUCACUUUCUUAGUUCAUAGAUCUGAAUCGAUAACAAUUUCACGGCUUCAUAGUUCUUGCUAGCCCCAUAUUGACCAUGGCCAUCAACAGAAUUACCAAUAAGUUCUUUUUCUUCUUUGGUUUAGGGUUUAGGUAGGAUAUGUGUUGAACUAAGGUUAGAAUUCUUGCGAAAGUGGUUUUCAUGUUUGAUAAGAUUGUGCUAAAGGAGAAUACUAGGGGAAGGAAAAACAAUUGUUUUAUAUAUUGUGACAAUGCAAUGUGAAUUUUUGUUGUUGAUUGGGUUUUUGAUAGGUAUAGCACUUCUUGGUGUGUAGGAAGAAACAUUGCAGUGAAAAGGUUUCGUUUGUAGUAACAGUCACUGGUUUCUUGAACCGCCUUGUGGUGAGUUAGGUCUUUCUUGAAUGUACCCAAAUGAAACCAGGCCAUGAACAUGGUGGAGUUGAUACUGCUCAAGCAAAGGUCUUACUAGCAUCGUUCUCAGCUAUGGUGGCUGAGACCACGACUUUCCCCAUAGACUUGAUCAAAACAAGACUUCAACUGCAUGGCGAAUCACUUUCAUCGAAGCGUCCCACUGGUGCAUAUCGAAUAGGUUUGGCCAUUGUUCGUGAACAAGGUGUUGUAGGCCUUUAUAGUGGCCUGUCUCCAGCAAUUAUUAGACACAUGUUCUACACUCCUAUUCGAAUUGUUGGGUAUGAGCAUCUGAGAAGUGUGGUUUCUGCUGAUAAUGGUUCAUUCUCUGUUAUUAGCAAGGCUGCGGUCGGUGGAACCUCCGGUGUCAUUGCUCAGAUUAUAGCCAGCCCUGCCGAUCUUGUCAAGGUGAGGAUGCAAGCUGAUGGCCAAAGGAUGAAGCAAGGUCUUCAACCUCGGUAUUCGGGGCCAUUUGAUGCUCUGAACAAAAUUGUUGGAGCUGAAGGGUUUCGAGGACUGUGGAAGGGUGUUUUUCCUAAUAUCCAAAGAGCCUUCCUAGUGAACAUGGGGGAACUUGGCUGUUAUGACCAUGCUAAACAAUUUGUAAUUAGAAGUAGGAUAGCUGAUGAUAAUGUUUAUGCCCACACAUUAGCUUCCAUCAUGUCAGGUUUAGCUGCAACUUCUUUAAGUUGUCCAGCUGAUGUUGUGAAGACUAGAAUGAUGAAUCAAGCAGCCCAAAAGGAAGGGAAAGUUUUAUAUAAUAGCUCUUAUGAUUGCUUAGUAAAGACAGUAAAAGUUGAAGGAAUAAGAGCAUUGUGGAAAGGAUUUUUCCCCACUUGGGCAAGGCUUGGCCCAUGGCAAUUUGUGUUCUGGGUUACCUAUGAGAAGUUUAGAAAAUUUGCAGGUCUCUCUUCUUUCUGAUAUGGUAUUUUGAUUUAUAUUGCGAUUCAUUCAUACAUAAUAAAUUCACACUAGUCACAGAAUCCACUCUUUUCAACUUUUAGCUUA